AUGACGAAACGGGGACGAGGGCGGCCGAAAUCUACGGUGCCACCGUCACUAGAGACUCUUACUAGCUUGAAGACUCCUGAGAUUGAAUCAAGAACUACCAGCGUAGUAGAUAAAUAUAUGACAAUCACACUCGAGAAUGAAAAUAAGGAAACCCUAACAGAAACGAUACAAACACAACCGGAGGAGCGUAAACUAUGGGUUGAUGUUAUUAAUGACAACCAGAACCAUGCAAAGGGACUGGCCAUGGAAUACGUUGCGCCAAAGGUCGUCAAUGGAGUGAUUGAAAUCGAUAUUGAACAAGAAGAUAUCGAAACGGAAAUACAAUUUUGGGAUAAUGCUCUAAUCCUUUAUGUUGUGGGGGACGAUUUGAGUAUGAACACGGUGAAGAACUUUAUGCAGAGAAUGUGGAAUUUCGUGAAAAUGCCAGAUCUUUAUUACCACGAUGGCGAAUAUUUUCUGCUCAGAUUUAACUCCCAGGAAGAUAAGGAAGCAGACAUGAUGAAAGGCCCAUACACGAUUUGA